AUGGCAAGAACCAACAAAUGGAACAACCACCACUCCUCCGAGGAGACUGCCCGCUACUUCACCCACAACGGCCAUAUCGAUGCCGCUCCUAACGGAAUCAAGAAAGGUGGGGCUGGUAAGAACAACUGGGGAACCGUCGGAUCUGAGAUCGACGAUCUCAUCGACUCAGGUGAGAUUCCUCCAGUCUUCAAGAGGGAGAGAAGAGGUUCAAACCACUCCCAGCUUGAGAGAAGAUUCUCGAACGCCCAAAACCAAAGCAGCGCCCCAGCGGCGUCUGAUGACGACAAUGUUGAUGAAAAUGACUAUUAA